AUGGACGACCACCAGGACGCCGCGUCGUAUGCUGCCUCGGGUUACGGCCGCCGCAUGGGCUGGGGCAAGCGGCCUGCCCUCUUGUUGAUUGACAUUUGCAAGGCCUACUGGACCCCCGGCUCGCCGCUCGACUUGUCCGCCAACCCAGACGCCGUCGGCGUCCCGGCCAGUGCCGAGCGCUUGGUCAACGCUGCUCGUGACGGCGGCUGCCCCGUCGCCUGGACCGUCGUCGAGUACACCCAGCCGGACAUGGCGGACGCGGGCCUCUUUUGGCACAAGGCCAAGACGCUCGCGGUGUGGCAGGCGGGCAGCGAGCUCAACAGGCAGGGCCUCGCCGACUUUGUCAGCGACACCUUGACGCCCCGCCCCAAGGACAUUGUCGUCAAGAAACGCUACGCCAGCGGCUUUUUCGGAACCACCCUCGCCACCGAGCUCGCCGUCCAGGGCAUCGACACCGUCGUCGUCUGCGGCGUCAGCACCAGCGGCUGCGUCCGCGCGUCGACCCUCGACGCCAUGCAGAGCGGCUUCCGUCCCAUGGUCGUCGCCUCGGCCUGCGGCGACCGCUCCAAGGCCAUCCAGGACGCCAACUUGUUUGAUCUCGACAGCAAGUAUGCUGACGUCGUCGCAGAAGAGGAAGCACUCGACAAGUUGAGGAAGGGUUGGCUAUAG